UCUACUGCAACCCCUGGGGCAAGAACAUGUGAAACGUUAUCGAAAGAGGAAGUGGAUAUUUGGUCAUUUGGGAAAUUGCGACAUUUUCCAGUUGUUAGCGAAUGACAGAAAAUCAAUAGUAGCCAUAGGCUAGGCUAGGCUAGCUGCAGGCUAGCUGCAGGCUAGCUGGAGCAUGUUGGCGGGACUCAGAGCAGAGAGGAGCCGCAGGCUGCGGGGGAGCGACCGGGAGAAGCUUUCCUCUUCAACACCGGCACAGGGCGAGGACAGGAUGUGGACGCCGGCUCUUCAGGUGGUUUUCAUUGGCUUAUACCUACAGGUACCAACAUGCUACCCAUCAUGCACCUUGUACAACCUUGUGGCUAACUGCGCCUACCAGCACCACUACUGGGUUCCUGCUCUGCCUCCCAACAUCACCCACCUCUUCCUGGAGAUGAACUACAUCAGCGAGAUCAACAGCAGCUCACUCAGAAGAUAUGACCAGCUGCAACAAUUAGAUCUGGGAAACCAGAAACUGCAGCUGGUCAUCAGGAACAACGCGUUCCUCAGGCAGAGAAAACUGACCCGGUUGGUCCUAGGCUCUAAUCCUGGCCUGCAGAUGGAGCCAAGGGCUUUUGCAGGACUGUUCAAAUUACAACACCUGUUUUUGGAUUAUUGCAAUUUGACAGACUCCAUACUAGCAGAAAGCUAUCUGGAGCCACUCUUGUCCUUAGAAACGCUGAAUCUCUUUGCUAAUAAAAUAGUGAGUCUCCGGCCAGGAUUGUUCUUUUCAAAACUCACAAAGUUCACACAGCUGAACCUCAAACUGAAUCAGAUCAAAAGCUUAUGUGAAGAGGAUCUUGUUGGUUUCCGGGGGAAGUACUUCACACUCCUGAACUUGCAAUCCAAUUACUUUGUGUACAGUAGAGAUUUUGACUGGGAAAGAUGCGGGAACCCUUUCAGAGGGAUGGCCUUUAAUAUCCUUGACUUAUCCAGCACUGGGUUGAACGUGGACACAUCAAGACAAUUCUUUAAAGCCAUAGAUGGUACUCCCAUUGCUCAUCUCAUCUUCUCUGGCCACAUGGGCAAAGGCUUUUCAUAUGAUAACCUCCCCGAUCCAGAUGAAAGCACAUUCCAAGGCCUCAUGAACAGUUCAGUUGAAAUUUUAGAUCUAUCUAGAUGCAAAAUAUUUGCUUUGCGGAAAGCUUUUUUAAAUCCUCUAAAGGAUGCAAUAAUUAUUGACAUUUCACUUAACAAAAUCAAUCAGAUUAACAGAAAUGCCUUCAAUGGUCUUCAAGGACAUUUACGAAUGCUCAACCUGUCAUUCAACCUCUUGGGAGAAAUACAUUCGCACACAUUCACCAAUCUGACAGAUCUGCGGGUGUUGGAUCUGUCUAACAACCAUAUUGGUGUACUGGGAGACAAAGCAUUCAGCGGCCUUCCAAAAUUGCGAGCGUUAUAUCUGACCGGAAAUUCUCUGCGAAAACUGGGUAACCCUGCUCCGUUACCAAACUUGGAUUUUCUUCUCUUAAAGGACAAUAAGUUGAAUUCUCUAUACCGAAUCGAUGAAUUGGGCAAGAGCAGUAUCCAUGUGGACAUUUCAGACAACAGAUUAACUAAUUUACAGGAUGUUUAUUGGAUGUUAACUCAAUUCAGUCGUCUCCAAAAUUUAUUUUAUGGUGGCAACAUCAUCAACUGGUGCAGUCGGGACGUGACAGUACCUUAUAAUAAUAGCUUGCAAGUGCUGGAUCUCCAUGACAGUUCACUAAACAUGCUUUGGGGGCAGGGGCAUUGCCUCGACCUGUUUGAUCCUCUAGAGAAUCUGCUCGGUCUGAAUUUAAGCCUCAACUCCCUCGCGACUUUCCCACAAGGGAUUUUCCGCGGUCUAGGCUCGAUCAUAGAGAUGGACCUCUCCUCGAAUGCUUUAACCUAUCUGCAGCCGGAUCUCCUUCCAGCCAGCCUGCAAAGGCUCGACCUCUCAAACAACUUUUUGGCCUCCCCAGACCCCGGGAUUUUUCGGUCUCUCAGCGUCCUCAGCCUGGCUGCCAAUCGGUUCUCCUGCGAUUGCAAUCUGGAGAGCUUCCUGAGGUGGCUGAACGAGACCAACGUAAGCUUCCUGAGCCCCGUUACGGAGUACACGUGUGAGUUUCCAGCAGCCCUCCAAAAUCUUCCUCUGCUGGAUUACUUUGCGAUAAUCGAACCGUGUGAGGAAGACGACGAAACGGUCGUCCAAGAUCUGAAAUUUGCUCUCUUUAUCUUCUCCUCUCUCCUCAUCAUCACUGCCACCCUCAGCGGGAUUUCUUACGCCCGUCUCCGAGGGCGCAUAUUCAUCAUCUACAAAAAGGUCGUCAGUAGGGUUGUGGAAGGACCAAAACCGACACCUCCUGUGGACGAAGUGCAGUACGAUGCCUUCUUCUGCUUUAGCAGCAAUGACCAUGGGUGGGUAGAGGCUGCUUUGUUGAAGAAGCUGGAUACGGAGUUUUCAGAGGAGAACAUCUUCCACUGUUGCUUCGAGGCCAGAGACUUCCUGCCAGGUGGGGAUCACCUUUCCAACAUCAGAGACGCCAUCUGGAGCAGCAGGAAGACUGUGUGCGUUGUCUCCAACGAGUUCCUUAAAGACGGCUGGUGCUUGGAGGCGUUCACGCUGGCCCAGGGCCGGACGCUGGAGGAGCUGACCGACGUGCUGCUCAUGUUGGUGGUGGGGAAGGUGGCCCACUACCAGCUGAUGAAGUACAACGCAGUCCGGGCUUUCGUCCAGAGGAGACGGUACCUGGUCUGGCCGGAGGACCCUCAGGACCUGGACUGGUUUUAUGAGCGGCUCGUCUCACGGAUGCUCAAAGACACGAAGGUGAAAGUGUUGGCAGAGGACAAACGUGAGCCUGCACAGCCGGACGUCCAACGUCAGAAUGAGGACGGCAUCCAGCUAGAGAACAUCGGGGCCGUUGCUAUGUGAACUGUUGCUAUGUGGGACAUUU